CUCCAAAUUGAUUUAAAGAGAAAAAAAACUUCUUUGGUGGUUAUGGUUUUGCAAUUUUCGCGGAAAUAGUACCCGCGGCCGUAAGCGGCGGUGGGUGGUGAAAACAGAAACGCGCCACCAUGGUGAUCAUGGAAGGUCGAAGAGUGCAUACGAAGUUCUAUGGGGUCCUCUCACAGCCUCACUUUAGAAAUCUUCUUCUUUACCUUUCUUUCUUUAAUGCCUCUUCCCCGUUUCCCUUUCUUCUUCAGAUUUUUCUUUUAGGGGUUUCUCCCAAUUCCACUCAAUAUUCUUCAAUUCGAAUAUAUUCUUCUUUUUUCCUCAAUUGAUCUCCCACCAUUCUUUUCCAUUUCACCAAGUGAGUUCUCAAUCUAAUGGCCAAACACAAAUACAAAUAUAAAUCUACACUUCAUGUUCCAUUUUGCUUCAUUUUCAAACACCCUUUCUCUCCCAUUUCCAUUUCUUCUUCCCCAUUUUUUCUUUCUCCAAGUCAUUCUUGUUUUUCAAAUCAACAAGCCCCUCAAGAUCCAAGAACUCUGAGAUGGAAUCUGCUACCCUUAAUAGAAUAAUUAAUAGGUUGGUUGAAAUCGGGACCAGAUCGGGGAAGCAGGUGCUGCUUUCUGAGGCUGAAAUUACCCAACUAUGCAUGGCUUCCAGAGAAAUUUUCUUAAGGCAACCUAAUCUUUUGGAAAUUGAUGCACCUAUCUAUAUCUGCGGGGAUAUCCAUGGCCAGUUUUCUGAUCUUCUAAGACUUCUCGAAUUUGGUGGAUUUCCUCCUCAUUCGAACUACUUGUUCUUGGGGGACUAUGUGGAUCGAGGAAAGCAGAGCAUAGAAACGAUCUGCCUCCUCCUUGCAUAUAAAAUAAAGUAUCCUGAAAACUUCUUCCUUUUGAGGGGAAACCACGAAUGUGCAUCUGUAAACCGUAUUUAUGGUUUUUAUGAUGAAUGUAAACGUAGGUUCAAUGUCAAACUGUGGAAAAUAUUCACGGACUGUUUCAACUGUUUACCUGUGGCUGCUCUAGUUGAUGAAAAGAUACUGUGUAUGCAUGGUGGGUUAUCUCCUCACCUUGACAGGUUAGAUCAGAUUAGGAAUUUAAAGCGCCCUGCCGAUGUUCCAGAAUCAGGUUUACUCUGUGAUCUUCUUUGGUCUGAUCCAAGUGUAAACACACGUGGCUGGGGACCGAAUGAACGAGGGGUUUCAUACACCUUUGGUGCAGAUCGAGUAGCAGAGUUUCUUCGAAAACAUGAUCUUGAUUUGAUUUGUAGAGCUCACCAGGUCGUGGAGGAUGGGUACGAGUUUUUUGCAAAUAGACAACUUGUAACUUUGUUUUCUGCUCCAAACUAUUGUGGAGAGUUUGACAAUGCAGCUGCAAUGAUGCAUGUGGAUUCAAAUUUAAUGUGCUCUUUCCAAAUACUAAAACCACCUGAAAAAAAGCCAAAGUUUGGGUUUGGCAGCAUCUCGUCGGGGCGAUAUGGUGGUACAAAAAAAGUAAAGUCGUUUCUUGGCUCAAUCGGGUGAAACUUUUUAGCUUGUUCAAGUUUGUUUGGUUGGUUCCGAGGUUUACCUCCUUGGAUGAGUUUUGAUCUCCCGUGGCUUCUUCUUACUGAAAUGUGACAUCUGAUACAGGCUUUCCACCAUUUUAGUGUAACAAAUGGUAUGUAGUUAUUUUGACAAGAAUUCAUGCUUUUUUGCCCUUUUCUUACUUGUGGGUUCACUAAAGCAUCUAUUGAGAACAAAAUAAUUAGAAAAAGACAUGAUAUUUUCGUCUUUUUA